AUGCCUACUUGGGACGAAGGUGGCAGGCUAUGUGACUUGUCUUCCCUGGAUGAGUCGAACAGCGUUCACAACAACCAGCUGGCCUUCAGCAUCAUACAGAAAGAACUGGGCAUCCCGCCCGUCAUGUCUCCCAGUGGACAGAUAGACAAGUUGUCCAUGGUCCUCUACCUCACCCAGAUCAAAGAUGCUUUUGCUUUGCCGCCAAAAGAACCUCAACGAACGUCCAAGACCCUGAAUUUCUCCCGAACUCAGUCAGCAGUCUUUUUCCUGAGCAAGCUAAAGCACAAAUCUCUGCAAAGACGCCAGGAGAAGUUAGCCACACUGAAACGAGCCACAAAAAUAGAGAGAAGAAUGGGAGAUGAGGAUAGACACCCCACUCUGGAGCUAGGCCUGGGGGAGAGGCUCGUCAUCGAGCACCUGGUGACCGGGUCUCUACCCAUGGGGCCCGGUCGGGCUCAGCCCAGAUGA